AUGAGCCUGUAUCAUUGCCCCAUCACACCCCUGGAUACUGGUCUUUGUCAGUGCACCAUCACACCCCUGGAUACUGGUCUUUGUCAUUACACCAUCACACCCCUGGAUACUGGUCUUUGUCAUUACACCAUCACACCCCUGGAUACUGGUCUUUGUCAUUGCACCAUCACACCCCUGGAUACUGGUCUUUGUCAUUACACCAUCACACCCCUGGAUACUGGUCUUUGUCAUUACACCAUCACACCCCUGGAUACUGGUCUUUGUCACUGCACCAUCACACCCCUGGAUACUGGCCUUUGUCAUUACACCAUCACACACCUGGAUACUGGCCUUUGUCAGUGCACCAUCACACCCCUGGAUACUGGUCUUUGUCACUACACCAUCACACCCCUGGAUACUGGUCUUUGUCAGUGCACCAUCACACCCCUGGAUACUGGUCUUUGUCAUUACACCAUCACACCCCUGGAUACUGGCCUUUGUCAGUGCACCAUCACACCCCUGGAUACUGGUCUUUGUCACUACACCAUCACACCCCUGGAUACUGGUCUUUGUCAUUACACCAUCACACCCCUGGAUACUGGUCUUUGUCAUUACACCAUCACACCCCUGGAUACUGGUCUUUGUCACUACACCAUCACACCCCUGGAUACUGGUCUUUGUCAUUGCACCAUCACACCCCUGGAUACUGGCCUUUGUCAUUACACCAUCACACCCCUGGAUACUGGUCUUUGUCAUUGCACCAUCACACCCCUGGAUACUGGUCUUUGUCAUUACACCAUCACACCCCUGGAUACUGGCCUUUGUCAUUACACCAUCACACCCCUGGAUACUGGCCUUUGUCAUUACACCAUCACACCCCUGGAUACUGGCCUUUGUCAGUGCCCCAUCACACCCCUGGAUACUGGUCUUUGUCAUUGCACCAUCACACCCCUGGAUACUGGUCUUUGUCAUUACACCAUCACACCCCUGGAUACUGGUCUUUGUCAUUGCACCAUCACACCCCUGGAUACUGGUCUUUGUCAUUGCACCAUCACACCCCUGGAUACUGGCCUUUGUCAUUACACCAUCACACCCCUGGAUACUGGUCUUUGUCAUUACACCAUCACACCCCUGGAUACUGGCCUUUGUCAUUACACCAUCACACCCCUGGAUACUGGUCUUUGUCAUUGCACCAUCACACCCCUGGAUACUGGCCUUUGUCAUUACACCAUCACACCCCUGGAUACUGGUCUUUGUCAUUGCACCAUCACACCCUUGGAUACUGGUCUUUGUCAUUGCACCAUCACACCCCUGGAUACUGGUCUUUGUCAGUGCACCAUCACACCCCUGGAUACUGGUCUUUGUCAUUACACCAUCACACACCUGGAUACUAGCCUUUGUCAUUGCACCAUCACACCCCUGGAUACUGGCCUUUGUCAUUACACCAUCACACCCCUGGAUACUGGUCUUUGUCAUUACACCAUCACACCCCUGGAUACUGGCCUGUGUCAUAACACCAUCACACCCCUGGAUACUGGUCUUUGUCAUUGCACCAUCACACCCCUGGAUACUGGCCUUUGUCAUUACACCAUCACACCCCUGGAUACUGGUCUUUGUCAUUACACCAUCACACCCCUGGAUACUGGCCUUUGUCAUUACACCAUCACACCCCUGGAUACUGGUCUUUGUCAUUGCACCAUCACACCCCUGGAUACUGGCCUUUGUCAUUACACCAUCACACCCCUGGAUACUGGUCUUUGUCAUUGCACCAUCACACCCUUGGAUACUGGUCUUUGUCAUUGCACCAUCACACCCCUGGAUACUGGUCUUUGUCACUGCACCAUCACACCCCUGGAUACUGGUCUUUGUCAUUACACCAUCACACACCUGGAUACUAGCCUUUGUCAGUGCACCAUCACACCCCUGGAUACUGGCCUUUGUCAUUGCACCAUCACACCCCUGGAUACUGGUCUUUGUCAUUACACCAUCACACCCCUGGAUACUGGUCUUUGUCAUUACACCAUCACACCCCUGGAUACUGGCCUUUGUCAUUACACCAUCACACCCCUGGAUACUGGUCUUUGUCAGUGCACCAUCACACCCCUGGAUACUGGUCUUUGUCAUUACACCAUCACACCCCUGGAUACUGGCCUUUGUCAGUGCACCAUCACACCCCUGGAUACUAGCCUUUGUCAGUGCACCAUCACACCCCUGGAUACUGGCCUUUGUCAGUGCACCAUCACACCCCUGGAUACUAGCCUUUGUCAGUGCACCAUCACACCCCUGGAUACUAGCCUUUGUCAUUACACCAUCACACCCCUGGAUACUGGCCAUUGUCAGUGCCCCAUCACACCCCUGGAUACUGGCCAUAAAUAUCUCCUGCUCCUACCAUCUGCCAUCGAUACUCAUUGGGUAGACCAUGUCCUGGUGUCACAAUAG